CUGGUCAUUCUCAAUUCGCCUAUUGACGAUCUCGAGUAUUUCCGGCGCCUCUUCGAUCAUGCCUCCUACCGAAUAUGCGUGGAUGGAGGAGCCAAUAGGGUGCACGACCUCCUCUUAAAGCACUAUCCCAGCUCUGAAUAUCAUGAAGCCCUGGCUCAUGCCCUGCCUUCUGCGAUUCACGGCGAUCUGGACUCCAUUAAUGAAGACGUUCGUCUCAAAUACGAGCAGCUCGGUGUGCCCAUAACUCAUGAUCCCGAUCAGUAUAGCACCGACUUCGCCAAGGCUGUAAAGACAAUCGCGGCCAAAAUGCCACAGGUCCGUGAUGUGCUUGUGCUGGGCAGCCUUGGUGGACGAGUGGACCACGGUAUUGGUUUACUGCACGAGAUUUACCGCCAGCAGAAGUUUCACCAUCCAGACUUACAAUUUUGGUUCUUCUCCGAGGCUAGUGUGACAAUUCUGCUGCGACCUGGAACGACAGAGCUUGUCACACCACUCAAAGAUGGUUUGAUCACCCCCAACAUUGGCAUUCUGCCACUGUAUGGCAAAGCAGUCAUUUCAAUCGAGGGCUGCGAAUGGGACGUUACAGACUGGCCGACCGAACUUGGAGGAGGGCAACUCAGCACGUCGAACCAUAUUGUGUCCGACCGAGUCUCAAUUACUACCGACGUUGAUGUGCUUUUUACUGCAGAG